AUGCAAUCGGGCAGCUACACAAAAUCCGGGAGCAUGCAGGAAGAGGAGCUCAUGAGUAAGUUUGUCAGUGAGGCUCACUUUAUCCUGCCUGCCAGCCUCCUGGUACUGCAGUGUGUCCCUGCUGUCUCUGGGCUGUGCUCCCAGGCAGCGGCUGCUGCUGCUGCUGCUAUCACCUCCACCCUCCUUGUUCUGGGGACCUACCAGAGGCAGCUGUGGGGUCCCCAGCAACGUCCCAGGGGCGGAGUCAACAAAUACCUCUCCAUCGCAGAGUCCAUGGAGGCCACUGAUGUCCUCAACCCUGCUCUAAAUUAUGGGAUCGUGGUGGAUUGUGGCAGCAGUGGCUCUCGGGUUUUCGUGUACUACUGGCCCCCCCACAAUGGGAACCCCCACACUCUGCUAGACAUCAGACAGAUGAAGGACCAUGACCGCAAACCGGUUGUCAAGAAGAUCAAACCUGGUAUCUCCACUCUGGCAAAGAUGCCCACGCAGGCCAGUGACUACCUCCAUCCUCUCCUCAGCUUCGCUGCUGCUCACGUUCCGAGGAGCAAACACAAAGAGACGCCGCUCUACAUCCUCUGUACUGCUGGCAUGAGGCUGCUGCCAGAGAGCCAGCAGGCGGCCAUCUUGGAGGACCUGGUCACUGAUGUUCCCCUGGAGUUUGACUUCCUAUUUUCCCACUCACAUACAGAGGUCAUCUCUGGGAAACAGGAAGGAGUAUAUGCGUGGAUUGGCAUUAACUUUGUGCUGGGCCGUUUUGAUCACGCUGACGAAGUGGACGCUACAGUCGAGGUGACAACAGGCUCUCAGAACCAGCAGCCGAUCAGCAGGCGGCGCACGGUGGGUAUGAUGGAUAUGGGUGGAGCUUCACUGCAGAUCGCCUAUGAGGUGCCCAGUGCCAUCACCUUUAACUCACCACAGGAGGAGGAGGCUGGGAAGAGUGUGCUGGCAGAGUUUAAUCUGGGCUGUGAUGUCGAGCACACGCAGCACGUGUACCGAGUCUAUGUCACCACCUUCCUGGGCUUCGGAGGAAACAUGGCCAGGCAGCGCUACGAGGACCAGCUUGUCAACGACACACUCGCCAAGAACAGGCUUCUAAGCACACAGACAGGCCUGAGUGAAGACAAACCGUACCUGGACCCCUGUCUGCCGCUCGGCCUGUCAGACACAGUUGUGAGGGACAACCAGACCUUGUACCUGAGGGGUCUGGGUGAGUGGACCCGAUGCCAGGAGGCUGUACGGCCCUUCCUGGGCCUCCACAAUGGCACCAUGUCACCAGGGGGCGUCUACCAGGCUCCCAUCAACUUCAGUAACAGCGAGUUCUAUGGCUUCUCAGAGUUUUAUUACUGUAUGGAGGACGUGCUGAGGAUGGGAGGACUUUACCACGGCGAGAAAUACUCCCGAGCUGCUACAGACUACUGCUCUACCAAGUGGUCAAAACUGAAACAGCGUCUGGACAACCAGCUUUUCUCUCAGCAGGCCGACAUCAACAGACUCAAGUAUCAGUGCUUCAAGUCGGCCUGGAUGUUCGAGGUGCUGCACUCUGGUUUCCGUUUCCCCACCGAUUACGCUAGUCUGAAAACAGCCCAGCUGGUUUAUGACAAAGAGGUCCAGUGGACUCUGGGAGCCAUCCUGUUCAAAACCCGCUUCCUGCCUCUCAGGGACCUGCAGCAGGAAACACUGCGGCAGAGCCACCCCAGCUGGCUGCGCUCCUCCUUUGUCUACAACCACCACCUGUUCUCGCUCUGCAUCCUGGUCGUAGUGCUGGCCAUCCUGCUCUACAUCCUGCGCCUGCGGAGGAUCCACCAGCGGGAGCAGAGGCAGGCCGAGGCCCUGAACCUUCUCUGGGCCGAGGAGGGAGAGGCCCUCCUCCCCUGAGAAAUCUGUCUGUGAUGGUAGGCUCCAGACCGAUAACCUGCACAUCUGAUUUACUGUAACCAUGAAGCCAAAAUAAGGAACAUGAGUAUGGAGGACUCAAACUUUUAUAGUGUGGAAAAACAUCACAGCACAGAAACGUUUUAAUGAGUCUGGAAAUCGGACUCUUGUGAACAUUCUUUGAUCAUGUAGUUUUAAAAACAGAGCCCGUCUCAGACCGGCGCCGUGUUCACUUUCUUCUCCUCAACACAAUUUUGGAUGAAAAGAAUCACCUCUGCAUCACAGGAUCAAACCACUCUUUGUUUUUGCUGCUCAGAUCUAGUUUCAAGGUAGUGUGGACAGUUAAUUCUGAUUCAUUGUCACAGUUAACCUCUUCACUGCUCAGCGAGAACGCACAGGAAUAUGGGCAGCAUCCUUACCUGAAAGCCUAUGGGGCAGAAAAAGCAGUGACCCUAUUAGGAUUAAUAUCUUUGCAAUAUAUAUUUAUACAUAAUCGUAAUACAACUGUGGUCAGCCUCAGCUGUAACAUUAAGGCUAACAUGCUAGUAUUCACUGUCACACAGAGACUCACUUCACAUUGUAUGACAACACAUGACAGUUAGACUGAAUAACAGACUUUAAUAUGAGGCAUCUAGAUUUGUUCACAUCAUUUCAGUCAGGACUCUCAUGUCAGAGUUUGAACCACUGAACAUGCAUCUUAGUUUGGUGGGGUGGCUGUGCUCAUGUGAAGCUCAAACAAGCUUGGCACAGACUAUCCCUGAGCUCUCGGUGUUUAAGGAGCAUGAACGCAUGUUGAAAACAUUCAGAAUAUAUGGUAAACUAAAUGCUAAUACAGGAGGAGGCUGGGGAGCUGGAGGGAGUUAUGAAGCAUUUCAUUUAAAAUGAAGACAUAGAUGUCAACAUAAACCCUGUUUACAAGUCACACACCGACUCCAGUAUCACAUGAACGAAUUACAUGGUAAAUAUUAGCAUGCUCAUGUUAGCAUGUUAGCUUGAUGAUAUGACUGAAACAGUAGUAAUUCAGAUUAAGUACAGUUGUGUAUCUCUUUCUUGUGCAUUUUACUCCAUUUGUGUGUUGCCUUCUCUCUCACAUCCUGGUGAACAGUAACACGUUUAAACAUUCCUACCUGCAAAGGCGAUGAAGCUGUUGUUUGGGUGGGAAUGGAUGUUGGCUUCACCCUCAGUCCUAGAGAUGAAACAGCACACCCUGCUCUUCCCAUCUAACAGUUGAACUGUUCACACCCUCAAAACUAAUUUAGCAUUGCACUUCAGUGUGAGGUGAUAUCGCGGUGGGCUCUCAUCCUGAGUGCAGAAACACUUUCCUGCCAUUGGAGAUAGUGUUUCAUCUGCACCUCUCCAGGCUCCGAUCGGAUGACUGCCUCGAAAUCAUGAUGAUGAUGAUGUCAUCCGCACAGCUCCGGCCGAAGAUUGUGCUUUGAUACUUGAAUGCCACUGUUGUCCUGCCAAGACCCCGUCCAGCACAGAUUCUUAUCAGAGCCAGGACUGAGCCAAGAGGCCUUUCAGCUGAAAUAAGUGGAGAGAUCUGCUUAGUGUUUGGAUGAAUGUGCUGAAGGCAAAGACCCCAGAGGUCAGAUUUAAGCAGAUGUCAUCUGAUUUCUCAGUGCAAUAACUCCACGAAAGGGAAAACUUGUCUUAUCCCACGGACCAAGUUGGAUGCUGUGGCCUGGCAGAAAAACAUUUCACUAUGUGUUAAAUAUUUAAUAGGUUUUCAAGGAGAACUUUUUUAAGGUCACUGCUGAGGAAACAAGCUUCACCGUGAGGAAAAGGGUCUGGUUUGUCCAGCUACUGCUGUAUCUCAUAGCUGUAAAUGAAGCCUGUUUGGCUUUGGCAUCGUGUUAUGUGCUGAUACAGCUGUGCAACGACCAUGACGAUGUAAAUACGUCAGAGUGAAGAUGCCUGCUGACACUUCCUCAGAAGUUCUGCCAUGUGUCGAUCCCACAGUGGGAGGUUUUAUGUCCAGAAUUAUGACUUCUAAUUAAUGUUAUUGAUUCUAAUCAAGGUGUGGGGCAUGACUCAUCACAUUCAGCGAUGAUGACCCCGGUGUUUUUGUAACUUGUAUUGUGAUGCUAAUGUGCUAAAGGAGGAAACAGUUUCUCAGUUUUAAAAUGUGAUUUCAGUUAUGUUUCACGUUCCUGUUCUCCUUUCUUUUCUGUUCGUCCUGACACAGAUGAGUCUUGACGCUUCCUUGUCAAACUGUCAGUGUGAAUUUGUAACCUUCGUCUCCACAUCUCUACUUCAAAAGUGCUCUGCUACUGACCCUGUAAGCUGCUGACAACAGCCAACCAUGAAAUUUUAGUAUCAUUUCAGGCUUUAUUUUGGAUUCCACCAGUUACUCUACAGUUGAUCUGAAACUUAAAAUUGCUUCAUCCCACUGUGGAUUUUAGAACUUCUGCUGCUCUUCUGAUGUUUCCACUCCUGGCGAGGGACCAGUACAGGGUAUUGUGCAAUGCUGAUCUGUAAUUUCACUGAAGGGGACACUGACUUUGAUGUUUUUAAUGUAGGUACCUUUAAUAUCAACAUGAAUAGAAAGAGUUUCAAUCCAACACAGGACCAUUUUGUAAUAAAAUCAGUUCUGACUCAU